AUCUGUAAAGAUUAUCUUGUUGAACAAAACGUAUAAGUGUCAUAAACGUUUGUUAAACACAAACCUUUUUUUUUUUUUUGCGAUAAUCCAAACGUCUACGGGAAAAAUACAUGUGCUUUUAGGCGAGGGAGCCCCGCUAACUUCCGGGUUGGCCUACUAAAAUACGUCAUCCCUUUGUGUGUGUGUGUGCGUGCAUGUGCUGUCAGUUGUCUGUGUGAGAACAUGUGACAUUUAGGAAAUUACAAAUGUGGUUUCACUUCUCACCCCCUAAAUACGUAUCACUGCUAGAGAAGGGUUCAUUGUCAGCAUCUUCACAGUCGUAUGAGUAUAGAGAGUAAACAGCUGGAGGAUUAUUGUAAAAUGAGGCUGGUCCAUGGAUUGGUCCUGGUUCUUGCUGUCUUAGUUCUGGCUGCAAUACAAGGAGUGGAAUCUGAAUGUCAGGACUGGAGUCCUAAAAGGGAUUCAAAAAAUGUGUGCUGCAAGAAAUGUAAACCAGGAAACCGUCUCAUCACUGACUGUGGUCCAGACCAGAACGCUCUUUGUAGUCCAUGUGGAAAUGACACCUACAUCUUAGAUACAAGUCAGAAGAACUGUCUCAGGUGUACUCAAUGCAUAGGUGUCAUGCGUGUUAAGGUGAAAUGUUCAAGCAGCAGUGAUACGGUUUGUGAAUGCUCUCAGGGUUUCCGUUGUGGAAAUGAGCAGUGUUCAUUCUGUGUGCUCGAGUGUGUCAAAGGCCAACAACCUAAAGACAGGGAGUGUGAACCAUGUCCUCCAGGAACGUUUAAUGACCAAAUCCAUCAACCAUGUAGAAAAUGGAGCAAAUGUACAAAGCCAGGUCAUGAAGUUAUUCGUCUUGGAACAGCUGAGUCGGAUAUAAAGUGUGGCCCUAAAAAAGAACCAAACCAAACCACUUCUCCACCAGAUAACAGACACAAAGAUUCCCCUCCAGAGAAUAUGGAAAGCAAGGUCACAGCUAUUCUCAUCACAUUUGGGGUAUUUUGUAUAGUGAUACCCACAUUUACAAUCCUGUACCUAGAGAGGAAAAAGAUCAAGAUCACUGACAAACCCCAGGGUACAAAGGAUGCUCUAACUGGAGGAGAGACUCGAAGAGCUGUUUCUGAUGAAUGUAGUUUCUGUUUUCCACAGCAGGAACACGGUGGCAGCAGUCAGACGUCCAUGUCAUCUUUGGUCUCUGAAGAGAAGAUCUUACCUUUAUGUGGAUGAAAAGUGUUUCACUCUGUGGGUGUGUGUGUAGCAAGCUGAUCAUUAUAUAACACGAUCAUGAAAUGGUUAUCCUAACAUUUUUAACUUCUGUCAUUUUUUUCUGCAAUUUAACAUUUCUCAGUGUGUAGCCUAUUCAGUGAGAAAUAAAUAUGUUAGGUUUAGGAUUUAUUCAAAAUGUGAAAGAUUUUGAUAAGCUUUAUUUAUUAAGAGCAACAUGCACUAACUAGAUGAGGUCAAAGUUGUGAACAAACUUCAUGUUGGCUUGAGAAAGCAAGUUCGAAAUAGUAUAAGGUCUGUAAUGUAAAUAGAUGGAUAAGAAAGAAGACAAAGAAAGAAAAAGGUGUUUGAUACAUGGAAAAAUGGAUAGACGGAUCAAACAAGAGAGUAAAAGAUGAAUAGUUUGACAUUAUAGAUAGAUAGAUAGAUAGAUAGAUAGAUAGAUAGAUAGAUAGACAGACAGGCAGACAGACAGACAGAUAGACAGACAGGCAAAUAGACAGAUAGAUAGAUAGAUAGAUAGAUAGAUAGAUAGAUAGAUAGAAAGGCAGGUUUGUUUGCACCUAACAUAUCAGUCCCUCCAGAAAAACGUGAUUAUGCAAUCGCAUGAUUCAACGCAUAAUCAGCCAAAGUCCGGGGGCCACAUUUUUUCAAAUUUGCCGCACUUUCGCACCAGAAAUUGCAGAUUUCCUUGCGCAAGUUAUGCAGGGCUUGCAUAUUUGAUUAUAACCCCUGCAUUUUCGUAGCAAAAAUCACAUAUAUCUUAGCAGAAAGUUGAACAUUUUUUUGCACUUAAUUCACACAAGCGCAGCCACAAUGCAAAAAAUGACUUUCUUACUUAGUAUUUUUGUCUUGUUUUCAGUUAAAAUAUCUAAAAAUUCUUGAUAUCAAGUUGUAUUUUUCUUAUUAUAUUGGCAGAUUUAUUUGCUUGUUUUAAGCACAAAUUUGCUUAAAUUGUAUUUUUUUGUAUAAAAACUAGACUUAUUUUUCUAGGUCAUUUCGCUCAUCAAGAAAAAGCAUCUUAAUUUAAGAAUUUUUAGAUAUUUUUACUGAAAACAAGACAAAAAUACUAAGAAAGUCAUUUUUUCAAGUGCAUGUCCCAUAUUGCCAUGCACUGCAAAAAAAAUUUUUUAAGAAAAAAUAUUCUUAGUAUUUUUGUCUUGUUUUCAGUAAUUCUUAAAUUAAGAUGCUUUUUCUUGAUGAGCAAAAGUACCCAAAAAAUAAGUCUAGUUUUUAGACCAAAAAUAUCAAAUGUAAGUGAUUUUGUGCAUAAAACAAGCAAAAAAAUCUGCCAAUGGGGUAAGCACAUUUUUCUUGAAUUAAGUGUUUAAGAAAAAUGUUCAAGAAUUUUUGCUUACCCCAUUGGCAAAUUUUUAAUGUUAUAUUUUUGGUCUAAAAACUAGACAAAAAAAAUAAAUAUUGAAAAUAUUUUUUUGCAUUGUGGGAACGUUAUGAAGUGACGUGAACAUCAUUAAAAAGUUCCCGCAGUUUUUGCAAGUUCCUGCAAUUUCAUCACAUAUAUUGCAUAAAUAUUCCGCAUAAUCCAUCGCAUUUUUUAAGAAAACAUGCCGCAAGAUCAAGGAUUUUUGCCCGCAACAUUCACAAAAAGCUGUGUUUUUCUGGAAGGACUGACAUGUGUUUUUUAUGUGUGUGAGUUUGUGUUUGCAUAUGUUUGCGUGUUUGUGUAUGUGUUUGUUUGUGCAAGUGUGUUUGUGUGUGUUAGUGCAUGUGUUUUGGUGUGUGUUGUGUAUGUUUGUGCGUGUGAUUGGCUGGUUUAGGAGAACCAAAAGUCAGAUCCCUUAAAUGUAGAUAUAGCACACUUCCUCAGACCAGACUGAAGGUUUAUCCAAAGUUUGGUGGCUGUAGCUUGAAAUCUCUAGGAGUUAAGAGUCAGAUUAAUAUUCUUCUGAGGUUUAAGUUAAACAACAGUAUGUUUGCUUUCUCAAGCCAACAUAAUAUAACUCAUGCACAAUAAGACCACCAAGAACAUGUACAGUUUUAUUAUCUGUGGCCAUGUUUAGGCAUUAUUUAUUUUAGCAAAUAUUUGGACCGGUAGUGCAACUGAAUUAGUAUGUCUUAUAAGAUGUUUUUGAAAUGUAUAUUUUGUCCCUGAUUUUUUU